AUGUUAAAUUUACGAUAAGCGAUAAGAUAACAUUUGAGCAUUAUCAGUUCCACAUUCAACUCCGCAAAACUAGUUUACUUGAAUAACUUCCAGUUCGGAUGGCCUAAUCAAAAAUGGAAAUGAAAAUAGACAAUAUUGAAGAGCAUCUGUCAAAUGAAAGAAUCCAGCACGAACAUUCAGACUCUAAAGAAAGUUACCGAAAUCAGAAUGAAAUUCCGAACGGUUAUAAUCCUGAUGAACAUCCUCCUGUGAAAAUGAGAAAUAACCAUAAAUCGAAAAACAGACUAUCCAACAGAAGAAGUACUGGUUUUGUUAGCCCUGAAUUGGUGGAAGAGGCUUUGAAUAUGGGGAGUGGAUUCGAUUCACAGAGUGAUACAAAAAGUGAUGACAUUCAAGUGUAAUGAUUCAUUUAGUGUUCUGUUAGUGUUAUUUAGUAUCUAGUUAAGGUGAUAAUAUCAUUUGAAUUCAAUAAUAUUUUUCUGUCAAAAAAUGUUUUGUUACAGUAAAAUUUAAAAAAAAUAACUACUGACUCAUUUUGCUCAGUGCAAAAAGGGUAAUAUCGACACAUUCCAGUUGAAUUUGAAGUUUUGAGAACAGCAUGUUACUAUGUACACAUACAUUCAUCUAGUACAUGCAGUAUUGAAUGAAUUUAGUUAUUAGGAUGCAAGUUCGGAUGAGAACAAUUUAUAUCACCUUUAUUAUUCGUUAUUUGCGAUGAGUUGAUACAUUUCAUGUCAAGUUACAGAUUGAACAGGAGUUGAAGUUAUUUGGUUUGAUCACAUGUUGUCUUCUGGAAAGAGGGAGAAAUAAAAGAACGAAGACUUCACCACUUACUCCAAAUUAUAGAUACUAUGUUCACCAAACAUUACUGACUUUCGAUAUAGAGUGCCUUUCUAUAAAUAUAAAAUAAAAUUUUCCAUGCAA